AUGGGUGCUGGACCAUUUACAGAUAUAAAAAACAGUAUAUUACUGGAAACCAAUGUUGCUGGACUUGAUAUGCCAUUUAAUGAAAUUGGAUAUUAUACAGUAACUGGUAGUUGUACCAUAGUUCAUGAACUUGGUCAUGCAUUAGCUGCAGUCAGAGAAGAUGUACAGUUAUAUGGCAUAGGAAUAUUAUUAGCUUUUACUAUACCAAUAGCUUAUGUCAACAUAAAUAAUGAACAAUUUAUAUCAUUGCCAAUUACGUAAUCAAUUGAGAAUACAUGUGCAGGAGUUUGGCACAACAUAAUUCUUGCAGCUUUAGCUGCAGUAAUCUUGUGCUUUUCAACAUGGUUCUGUCCUCUUUAUAAUCUUUAUAGUGGAGUCUAUGUAAAAAACAUUUUACCUAAUUCACCUGUAAGAGGUCAAAACGGUCUUUUAGAACAUGAUAUAAUAUAUAAAGUAAAUAAUUGCCCCAUUAAACAUAAUGAAGGACUGGUACCACUGUAUAUAAAUAUUAUUCAUCAGCCUGCUCCUGGAUAUGUGUUAAACAAUCUUUUAUUCAGGUACUACCAAGAAUCCAUCUAUACAAAGAAAUAAUUGGAUGUAGUAGUAAAUUGUUGUACUUUAGAUAGCGAGACAACUGGAAGUCUAUGCUUUGAAUACCUAGAAGGGCCACAGGGUGCACCUCUCCUACCACCACAUUCCUGUCUUCCAGCAAGAACCAUGAUCAAUCAGUCUCAAAACUAUUGCCAAGCAAGCCAUGAGUGUUCCUCUCAAGAUACACAUUGUAUAAAACCGUCUUUAGAUAAUGUAAUCUAAGGUAUGUAAUAUCUAAUCGUAACUAAAAGUAAGAUGGGAAAAGAUGUAUUAUUUUUUGGGCAUCCAGCUGAUUACAGAACAGUCGAUGUAUCAGAUUGGGUUCCUAAAUACAGUUUUUUAAAUCCUAGCAUUCCUGAAUCUCUAUCCCUACUUGGUAAAUAUAUCACAAUGUUUUCAGCUGGAUUGGCUGUUAUUAAUGUGGUACCUUGUUUCUUUUCAGAUGGUCAGUACAUUAUAAAUAUAGCUUGCUCUUUGUAUGUAUCGGAUAUAAUCCCUAUAUAAUAGAAA